AUGAUAUUUGGACAAGUCGGUAUGAGCGAUCAAGACGCCAUUAUUGCCACUAUUGUGGUCGGCUUUGUCAAUCUCACAACGACCUUUUUACAAAUGUUUCUUAUUGAUAGGCCAAACUGGGGUCGAAUUCCGUUAUUAAAAAUGGGUACCAUUGGCAUGAUAGCCUCGACUUUUUUGUUGGUGGUUGCUAUUACAAAUCUAGAUCGUGCAUGGGCACGGCUCUCAGCUGUGUUGAUGGUCUUGAUUUUCGUGUUUUCAUUUGCUCUUGGACCAGCUGCCAUAUCGUGGCUUUUGGCAUCAGAACUGUUCUUAACAAAUGCACGAGCAAAUGGGAACGCGUACAUGGCAGCAGCUAAUUGGACGACAAGCAGUCUCGUCGGUUUUCUGUUCCCAAUACUUAAU